AUGGCGCGGCUGAACUGGUGCCUGGCUGCGGUGAUCAGCUGGGGGAAGUUCAUCUUCUCCUGCUUCUUCCCUUCGCUGCGGGCCGCCAGGAGGGAACAGCCAGAUGAGUUGGAGAGCGUUCACACUCACAGCUUCAAGGUGAAGUCCUUUAAGAAGGCCAAGUGCUGCGAUGCCUGCAAGCAGGCCGUCACCAAAGAGGGCCUCGUCUGCAAAAACUGCAAGCUGGGCAUCCACAAGAAAUGUGAAGUGAAGGUCACUGUUCCCUGCAAAUCUGCAGUCCCACCCAAGAAAGAUCAGGGCUCCACCAAGUCCAUCCUGGACUCUCCCAAGCAGAGACCUUCACGGUGA